UAACAUAUGAUGGUGUAAGUAGGUCAUUGAUGGGAUAAGAUGUUCUAGAAUCUCAUCCAUUCAUAGCUCUUUAUGAUGAGUCGCUGCGUUGGGCUCCAAGAUAACGUGUUUUCAUUGAGAUGACAACUUCCUUCAGCCAUUUCCAAGAUGCCUCUUUCACGCGAUGGGACCUCUCUCAGCCCCUGCAGAGGCGGACCCGGGUCCUUUCUCCGGGAUCGGGGCGGGAAAACGCUGGACGCUGGCCUGGGACUGACCACAUCACCCCAACGACCAAAUGCGAAAUCCCCCGCGGGAGCCAAUGAGGAGUCCGAGGACGCGUUUCCGGCGAAGCGCCGAGAGGCGGGACUUCCGGUGUCCUCAAGGCAGGCCUUUUGUCUGCGAUCGGGAUGCGGCCGGCUGUCUGCUCCGAGGUUCCCGAUCGCCAGGCCCUCGUGGAGCUGCCCCCGGGGGACAGCCGCGCGGGUGGUGGUCCCGAGAGCACGCGCGCGGGCAUGGAGAUUGCCCCGGGGGCGUGGGGGGCCCUCUCCCCGGCCCCGCCCGGCCCCGCCAUCCCCGCCGCGGCCGCCGCUCCCGCCGCCCCCGCCCCGCUUCCUCCCCCGAGCGCGAUGGCGGCGCCCGCGCCGAGCGGCGGGGCUGAGGUUGGCGUGACCUUGGAGGACAUUGCCCUGUACUUCUCCAGGGAGGAAUGGAGCCUCCUGGAUGAGGGUGAGAGACGUCUGUACCUGAAUGUGAUGCUGGAGAACUUUGAACUUGUGUCCUCGCUGGGUUGCUGCUGUGGAGCAGAGAAUGUGGAGGAACCUCUUGAAGAGAACAUUUCAGUAGGAGUGUCACAGGCAAGGAAUCCCAAGUUAGCUUUGUCUUCCCAGAAGAGCCACCCUUGUGAGAGUUGUGGACUAGUUUUGAGAAACAUUUUCCAUGUGACUCAUCAGCAGGAAUUACAACACAGGCAGAUUCUAUUGAGGUGUGGAGCAUGUGCACAGCAAUUUUAUUUCAAUGCACCAUUUCACCAGCACCAGCAGCACUUGAGAGAAAAGCCUUUGAUAAGAGGUGUGAACUCGGUCUCACUUGAAGAGGGCUGCAAUUUCAAUGUGUUUCAGAAGCUUUUUAGCUGUGGAGAGGUGGGGCAGGACAUCCUUAGCACGGCAGGGCUUCUCCAGCAAACUCAGAUCAGUGACAACCUGAAUGGUAUCUCGAUGUGUGGGGUGACAUAUCAAGAGGAAAAUAAUUAUUUUACUAAUAAAGAAUGUGAUAAAUUCAUCGGCUCUAACUACAUAUGUGAUUGGGACAAGGGUGUCCCUACUGGAAAAGCGUAUUUCAGUUGCCGUGAAUGUGGAAAAUAUUUUUCUCGAUUUUCUACUUUUUGUUAUCAUCAGAGAUUUCAUGCAGAAAAAAAGCUUUUUGAGAACAGCGAAUGUGGGACAUCUUUUACCAGUAGUAUUGGCCUCUUUUAUUAUCAGAGAUGUCACACAGGUGAAAGGCCUUAUCAAUGUAUUGAAUGUGGAAGAUCUUUUACCAGGAUCAGUAACCUUCGUGAUCAUCAGAUAGUUCACACUGGAAAAAUGCCUUAUGAGUGCAGUGAAUGCGGAAAAUCUUUUACCUGUAGUAGUGGCCUCCGUUAUCAUCAGAUGAGAGUUCACACUGGAGAAAGGCCUUAUGAGUGCAAUGAAUGUGGGCAAACUUUUGUCAAUAGUAGUGGCUUCCAUUAUCAUCAAAAAUUGCACUCUGGAGAAAGGCAUAAGUGCAAUGAAUGUGAUAAAUCUUUUAACAGUAUCUAUUAUCUUCGUUACCAUCAGAGAGUUCACACUGGAGAAAGGCCUUAUGAGUGCAGUGAAUGUGGGAAAUCAUUUACUCAGAAAUAUGGCUUCCAUUGUCAUCAGAGAAUUCACACUGGAGAAAGGCCUUUUAAGUGCAGUGAAUGUGGGAAAUCAUUUACGCGGAAAAAUGUCCUUAAUCGUCAUGAGAGAAUUCACACAGGUGAAAAGUCUCAUGUGUGCAGUGAAUGUGGAAAAUCUUUUACCUGUGGAAGUAGCCUCCGUUACCAUCAGAUGGGAGUUCACACUGGAGAAAGGCCUUAUGAGUGCAAUGAAUGUGGGAAAUCUUUUACCAGUAGUAAUGGCUUCCGUCGUCAUCAGAGAAUUCACACUGGAGAAAGGCCUUAUGAGUGCAAUGAAUGUGGGAAAUCUUUUAUCAGUGGUAGUAGCUUUCGUCGUCAUCUGAGAGUUCACACUGGAGAAAAGCCUUAUGUGUGUGGUGAGUGUGGGAAGUCUUUUACCACCAAAUAUUGCCUUGGUUCUCAUCAGAAAAUUCAUGCUAGAGAAAGGUCUAAUGAGUCUAGUUAAUAUGGGAAAUCUUUUAGCCAAAAUUUUAACCCUACUCCCCAUAUAAGAGUUCUCAUUGGAGUAAGGUCUUAGAUAUGCAGGAAAUGUAGAUUUUUUUUUUUUUUGUUCAACCCUAACAGUACUAUAAGAAACUCCAUGAAGCCCUAUUUGUGUGACCUGAACCUCAUACACUGCAACAUCAAUAGUAGGAGAUUCCCAAUAAAUAUGAGUGCUGUAAAAAUC